CUCAGAUCCCAUGUUGCUGUGGUGUAGGCCGGCAACUACAGCUCCGAUUUGACCCCUAGCCUGGGAACUUCCAUAUGCUGCUGUGGCCCUAAAUGACAAAUAAAUAAAUAAAAUGUUUCGCAGGAAUGCUUAGAACAUAUUACAGACAGGCUGCCAUAUUUAUAAAUACUAUAUGUGAACUCUCAAGUUUGGUACAGUCCUCAUCCUGUGUAUGUCCUUUUGCCAGUUUUAGUACUGCAGGUAUGUUUUACGCAUACACACACCCUAUACUUAGACAUGAAAGGUAGUCAUUUUCCAAAUCACUUGUUUUCAGAGAGGUUAGAAAGAAAUUGAAAAACAUGCCAAUAGUUGCCAUUAUGCUAAGUAAAAAACUAUUGGCUAAUUGUAAGCAAUCAUUAAAGAACAUUAAACACUCAUUUCAUAACUGUUGAUUAUUGAAUGCCUACUAUGUGCUGGUACAUUUCUAAGCGCUUGGUGUAUAUUGUCGCAAAUCCUUAGCACCCCACUUUAAGGACUUGGGGAACCUGAGAUUUAGAGAAAUUGAGUGACAUACCUAGUAAAUGAUGGACUGUGAUUUGCAGCCAGCUUUCUGACUCUAAAGACAGACCUUUUAUCUCAAACUGUACUACUUCCUUAUAGUAAGUGAGAGUAGGUUCAGAGUAGGUCUGACAUCUGCUCUAAAUAGCCCCACUGUCUCUGAGAGCUGGAGGACUGGAAAGUCAAUAUUUUUAAAACAGCAUAGACAUCAUCCUCAUCCAUCAUAUUUAGAUGAUCUACUCCCCAGAGGAGCGGCUGAAAUGAAGGGGCAGAGAAGAGAAUAUGGAAUCAAAGAAAGAAGGGGAAAAGUGGAGUCUGAGGACUCAGGGUGUGUAAAUGUUUCUGUUGAGAUUUGAUUACUCCUCAGGACAGUUGUCCUACUAUCAACUACACAGUAAAUAAAGAGCUUUCCAGUUCUUCACAUCUUGCGUGUCACUCUUGAAAUGCCAUUCAGUAUUUCACCCCCACGUGGUGAAAUUUGUCAUCAUAUAAGAUAAAUACAGAAUUAGUAUGUCUUUAUGGAAUGGUCUCAUGAGUCUUUCUGGAGACUAAAAGAAAAGUACUCUAGCCAUUCUCCUUAGGACUGAGACGCAUAUCUCAUCAGCCAAGGUCUAACCCCUGUCAGCCAUGCUGUCAAGGUCAGAUAUUUCAUCUCAUCAUCAAUCUUAGAAACCGUUGGCUGUAGAACCAAGUUUAACAAAUGUGUUUAUGACCUAGAAGAGUGUGGAGGGAAUGCUAAUCCUCACCCCAUCCAUCAUCAACUCAUUCUCACCUAAAGCAAGGUAGGUAUUGAAGGUGUCUCUUCAGUAUUUUGUCUUGGAAGGGUUCUGACGCGUCCUCCUACAGCAGUGUGCUUCCAACUUUUUUGCUCUUGUGGUGUCUAAAAGGCUCUGUAAAACCCUGCAUCCUAAGCAUGUUUUUAAGCUAAUUGCUAAAACUUUUCUCCUAAGUUCACAUAGCUGCAAAGAAUGUCAUUUUUCAGCAUAUUGUAAAUGUUGACUUUUUAAAUUGUUACGUCAUUUAAAAACCUCCAGUUGGAUCUAUGUGUUUUUUAAAUGCCCAAAUAAGUUAACAGUUAAAAUGUUUACAUGUUUCCUUUUCCUCCUUAAAUUCGUAUUUCUAUUUCCUUUCCCUGACAAAAUUCUAUCCCAGUGUAAUACAGUUUUUUUUUUUAAUUUAUUUUUUUAUUUUUUAGAAGAAGGAGGAUUUAUUACUUGCAGCAAGUAAGAAGGACACGGGGGCGGGACCUUUCCCAAAACAAUGUUUCACAAUGUAAUACAAUUUUGUGCUUGAAAGUGUCCUAUUGAUCACUCUGUCAUAGUCUCUGUAACAAAAAAAAGUAUAAAUUGAAACCUAAUAUUUUAUAUUUCUUUUGGCCCUAAGGCUCUUUUUAUUUAAAUAUUUCAGAUUGUUUAAAACAAAGAUCUGGAAAUUAAGUUACCCAAAUUUAAGACUGGAGACCGGCAUCAGCAUUUUUAUUUGUUUCUUUGUUAGUCACCUAGGUCUUUACACCCUGGGGGUAAUGCAGAUUAGAAAGGUCUGAUGUAGGUGGUGCAAAGGCAUUGCUUUUGUAAAGUGAGAGGAGAACCUUCCCGAAGGGGAGGUAGUGAAGGUCAGCUUGCAUUCAGCUGGGGAUGAAAUGUCCCUCCAUCACAGUCAGGGUCCCAGGCAGAUGAAUUUUUAGACAAGAGAAUACAUAUGGAAGUUGGAGAUUUGGAAAUUAACUCCCGUAUCGCUGUGAUGGUGAACCCCUUGGGAAGUGUUGGCUUUUGCCCCAGUUCAAAAAAUGCUGGUCUAGAGCAGUGAAAGAUGGGUCUUUGGUCCUUUUGCUGAAAGAAAGAGGAAGACCAAGACUGCUUGAACUGCCAGGGAGAGAGCAGUGAAGUUGGCGGGCAUUGGAGGCAGCCGUGUAGGUAGAUCGGCCGCAGCAUCUCCGUCCCAGCUGUGUGGAGGAGGGAGCCGAUGGUGAGCCCCAGGUGUGUGGAGACUCUGGGAUCUUCACUGUUUGCCUUCUGCAGAGCUCCUUCUCUAACUUUACCUUUUAGGUGCCUGGAGGGCUGAUGGAGCUGAAAUGGGGACGCUCAGAUUGCAGUGAAGGAGAAUGCAUAGAAGGGCUGCGGGAAAACGACUACCUUCUGAUCCAUUCAUGCCGUCAGUGGACCACCAUCACUGCCCACAGCCUGGAAGAGGGUCACUACGUCAUUGGGCCAAAGAUAGAGAUCCCGGUACAUUAUGCAGGACAAUUCAAGCUGCUGGAACAAGACCGAGAUAUAAAGGAGCCAGUGCAAUAUUUCAACAGUGUGGAGGAGGUGGCUAAAGCAUUUCCUGAACGCGUGUACGUCAUGGAGGAAAUAACAUUCAACGUGAAGGUUGCUUCCGGUGAAUGCAAUGAAGACACCGAAGUUUACAACAUUACCCUGUGUACAGGGGAUGAACUCACUCUCAUGGGCCAGGCAGAAAUCCUUUAUGCAAAGACUUUCAAGGAGAAGUCUCGACUCAACACCAUCUUCAAAAAGAUUGGGAAGCUCAAUUCCAUCAGCAAGCUGGGAAAAGGCAAAAUGCCUUGCCUGAUUUGCAUGAACCACCGGACCAAUGAGAGCAUCAGCCUCCCAUUCCAGUGCAAGGGCAGGUUUAGCACCCGAAGCCCCCUGGAACUGCAGAUGCAGGAGGGCGAGCACACCAUCCGCAACAUUGUGGAGAAAACCAGGCUUCCUGUGAAUGUGACCGUGCCCAGCCCCCCACCCAGGAACCCUUAUGACCUCCACUUCAUCCGUGAGGGACACCGCUACAAGUUUGUGAACAUCCAGACCAAGACAGUGGUGGUUUGCUGUGUGCUGCGGAACAACAAGAUCCUCCCCAUGCACUUCCCCUUGCACUUGACUGUCCCCAAGUUUAGCCUCCCUGAACACCUGGUGAAGGGGGAAGAAUGGCCUGAAACCUUGGUCCAUCACUGGCUGGGUAUCUGCCAAGAACAGUUCGACAUCGAUGAGUAUUCACGGGCUGUCCGAGAUGUGAAAACCGACUGGAACGAAGACUGUAAGAGCCCCAAGAAGGGCCGAUGCACUGGCCACAACCACGUGCCCAAUUCCCUUAGCUAUGCGCGUGAUGAGCUCACCCAGUCCUUCCACCGGCUCUCUGUCUGUGUGUAUGGCAACAAUCUCCAUGGCAACAGCGAGGUGAACCUGCACGGUUGCAGGGACCUGGGGGGAGAGUGGGCUCCCUUUCCUCAUGAUAUUCUGCCCUAUCAGGACUCGGGUGACAGUGGGAGUGACUACCUUUUCCCAGAAGCUAGUGAAGAAUCAGUGGGCGUCCCGGGGAAGUCAGAACUUCCAUAUGAAGAGCUGUGGCUGGAGGAAGGCAAGCCCAGCCAUCAACCUCUCACUCGCUCCCUGAGUGAGAAGAGCAGAUGUGAUCAGUUUCGAGGUUAUGUCCGGUCCAAAUGUGCAGCUUCUCCCCUUCCUGGCCCCGGAACCCUGGGAGCAGCAAUGAAGUCUUCAGAGAUCACCCUACCUCCACCUCCAGUGCCUCCCAAAUCAGAAGCCGUCAGGGAAGAAUGCCGGCUCCUGAACGCCCCACCUGUUCCGCCCCGCAGCGCAAAGCCUCAGUCCACCAGCCCCUCCGUCCCUCCUCGCACAGCCAGGCCGGCGCGGCAGCAGACUCGGUCUCCCAGCCCCACCUUGUCCUACUAUUCUUCAGGGCUGCACGACAUCAGCGUUACUAAAAGUGACACAAGCCCGCCUCAAAGUGCUCCCGUCUCCUGCUACCCAUGUAACCGAGUGAAAACGGACUCCGUGGACCCGAAGUCCCCAAUCGGAAGUCCAUCUGCUGAAGCUCUGUCCUCGAGGCUCUCCUGGCCGAACCCCUAUUCGGGAGCGUCAGAGACCCAGACGCGCAGUGAUUUCCUGCUGGACCCCAGCAGGAGCUACAGCUACCCUCGACAGAAGACACCAGGCACGCCCAAGAGGAGCUGCCCGGUGCCCCUCGCCCUCGACGGCUGCGAGCCACCCAGCCCGAUCGCCGGCGCUGCAGGGCUGGGCGGCGGCGCCCCCGGGUGCCCCAAGUCGGCCAGCUACUCCUUGGAGAGCACAGAAGAGAAGACUUUGGCGGCUGGCACGGCCAAACAGAGUGCCUCGUGCCCCGCCCUGCCGCCCCGGGCCCCAAAGCCAGUGGAGGAGAAAGCCGCCCCCGACGCUUGUCCUUUGCCUCUGAAAAUCGAUGGUGCUGAGGAGGACCCCAAGUCUGGGUCGCCCGACCUCUCCGAGGAUGCGUACUUUGUUGCCAAGGGCACGCAGGACAUCUUCUCUGUGCCCUACCCUUUCUCCUCCCCUCUGCACCUGCAGCUGGCCCCCCGGUCCUGCGGCGACGGCUCCCCGUGGCAGCCACCUGCGGACCUGUCAGGACUCUCCAUCGAAGAGGUGUCCAAGUCCUUGCGGUUCAUUGGGCUGUCCGAGGACGUCAUAGCCUUUUUUGUUACCGAAAAAAUUGAUGGCAAUUUGCUGGUUCAGCUCACAGAAGAAAUCCUCUCGGAGGAUUUCAAAUUGAGCAAACUGCAGGUGAAGAAAAUUCUGCAGUUCAUUAAUGGCUGGAGGCCCAAAAUAUAGCCAAAUAAACCCCAGCUAGCAUCGAACAAAAGUGAGAAACGUGUGUGCUAGAAGGGGUGGGCUGGGACACAAUUUCAUGGGUUUUUUUUGCACUAAAAACCUUCUCUGUAAAUAGGGAUAAGAGAAAACUCUUACUAUGCAGAUUACGUUUUUGAAUGGUGAACAGGCUAUUUUGUACAUCAAUAAAAAUGCUGUACAGAACACAUAGAGGUGUGCCUUGUCACUCAACACUCAACAGCUGCUAAAAGACAAAAGGCAUGUUCAGAGAAGUAAUUCUUACCCAAGUAGGUUUAUGCGAGAAGGUAUGAUAUUUAUUUACAAAAUAGCCAAAGCUGAAAGACAUAAGAAUCUUAAAAAUACAAAAACAAAAACAAACAAACAAAAAAAAACCACUUUGGAACAAUUCCCUCCUUUGGGAGAAUCAACUUUAGGCAAUUAACUCUAUCCUGUGCUCUGUUGUUUGGAUUGCUCAAUGCUAAUUGUUUUUCUCUUGUGCCUGAAAAUGUUAGUGAUAAGAAAUGACACUGCAAUGUUAUGUGCUUGGUGGGGAUCUUUUUAUCAAAAGGCAGUUUCCAGAAGUCAUGUGCUGGUAGCAGAUCUUUGAUGUCCUUAGAAAUACAGAUCAUGACCACAAUAAUUUAUCUGUAACUGCUGCUAAUUUUAUUGGGCAGAAAAUUAAAAAAAAACAUAUAUAUGUAGAUAUAUAUAUAUCUAUAAACAAUACAAAGGUCUAUGUUUUAAACAUCAGUAUGCGUCUAAUACUUUAGAUCACAUCUGUUCACUUUCAAAUAUCCAUUGAGGUUUAGGGCCAUUAAUUAACUAAAUUGACUCUCUUAGGGAGAGUGGACAGAAUGAUUCCAAAGAUUCUCAGAACCCUGUCCCUAAGGCUCAGUCUGAUCAGCCUCCAUUACGGAAAACUUGGAACAAAUCAGAAGAGAGUCUGUCUGGAGGAAUUAAGUUUGAUUUUAAACCUAUCAAGGGCUGGGUUUCACAUAGAAUACUUUCAUGCGGAUCAAUGUCUGGGGAAAUGACUGUUUCUGUCAAGUGAUGCUAAUUCUUGGGUUUGAGGGUCUUAGUCUCCUCAUGUCUGGGGAUGAGGGGUCUGGAGAGCAUUUGUCAGAGCACAGUAGGCGUUUUCAGCGUGCUUUGUGCUUUAGGAGACCUCAGAAGUCAGACAUGCCAUAUCUUCUGUUAUGGUAUGUGCUACGUCUGGUGAGUCAUUGUUUAAAGUAUCGUACAAGUCCUUGUUUAGUUCAUAAACCUCUUCUUUCCCCUCUCUUCCAAAGAAAAUACGUGAUCGCCAUACUUUCAUUCCAACAGUCCCGGGACCCAGUCUGACAGUUUUUGCCGAACAUGAUUAAAUAUUCCAAAACAUAAUGGCAUCAACAUUGUUCUUGGCUUUUUGAAGGAAUAUCAAAUUUUAAGAGGGUUUAGUUCUCCAAACAGGGUAUCACCCCUAGCGUGCCUCCCCGGAGUCUGUCCCCACAUCUGGAGGUACAGCCACCCAGGUGCCGGCGUGACUUGCAGGACUGGCUUAUAUGAUGUUCCCGGUUCUUCCCACUCACCAGGAUAAAUACUCAAAUGGGAAAAGACCCACCAGUCUAGUUUUGCAAAGCUGUUCAAUAUGGCAUCAUUUCUUGGCAUUAGAGAUACGUUUAAUCCAUCUCAUUGUUUAGAAUUGAGGCGAAUUGAUACCUUUUCUCAAUUUUCAUUUUAAAUUUUUUUAAUAAAAAAAAGCAUUUGCCCCCCAACAUGCCUCCCAAAAUGCAAAUGCUCUAUUCUAGGUUAAAAGUACCCCAUAAAAAGAGUACCCUGUAAAAUCUGUCAAGCUGGAGUACCUCUUCAAAAGUAACUGACAGUUCUCUGUAGAAGCUUCCAGCACUGUAUUCAGAUGACAGGUUGAGAAAGCCUCCUUCUGUGUGAGGGCCAACUCCUUUAGUAAAAUUAACCUCUCAGAACUUUUCUUUAAUAUAAAAACAAACAGGAUGCAGUUGAAAAGUUGCAGGUUUCCCUUGGCAAAGCCUGACUGAAUCCAUGAAUCAAUUCUUGGCCCUUGGACACCAUUCUCAAAUUCAGGAGGGAGGAACAAGAUGGGUUAGAGUUUAUUAGGAAGGAUGCCUCACCUAAACAACGGAUGCCUUUUAUUUUUUUCUUUUUGUUUUUUCUUCUGCAAAAACUUGACCCAAAGUCAUUUCUAUUUUUUGUCUUGGUGUACAUACAUUGAGUUGAUAUUGAUGGCAACAUGGAGACUCCUCGAGGGCAGGGACUAUAUGGCCUUUGAUUCAUGUUCUCAAAAUUCACUGAGCACCUUUUGUGUGCCGGGCACUUAGAGGCUAGUAUGAUUUGACAGUGCUGGAAAAAAAAAAAGACAGCUCCUGCCUUCUUGGAACUCAGCGUGUUUAUAUUUAAGAUCCUAGCUGUUGAGUUUGGGUAUGUGCAAGAGAGACACGCGGGCUUCUGGAUAGUUGGAUGUAUGGAAAGUAAAUUGUGCCCUGGCUUUUGGAAGAAAUGGCAACCUCUGUGAAAGGGGUAGUAAAGAAACACCACAAGACCAUGGUAGAAAAUUGUGGAGGCGGAAGGUCUCUCUGACCCCUGCUGGCGAGGGUUCAUUUUCACUGAUUGGAAUUCUUUUUAAUUGAUAGUAAAUAUCUUCUGGCAUCUCUCAAGCCACAUGGCACCCUGACUAGACGUAGCCAGAGAGAAUUGUGACAAGAAACGCAGAAUUGAGAUAGGAAGGAAAUAGCCCAUCCCUUCCGAGCUGCAGUUUUACAGUGAAAAGCAAUGUAGAGAGAUCUCCCUACAGGCAGAACCUUUUCUAACCAACCAGGUCCAGACUGAGGACAUUUAUUUUUUUCUUUUUACAGGCACACCUGCAGCAUAUGGAAGUUCCUAGCUAGCAGUCAAAUCAGAGCUGUGGCUGCUGGUCACAGCCACAGAAACACAGGGGAUCAUUCACCCACUGAGCAAGGCCAGGGAUCAAAUCUUCAUCCUCAUGGGUACUAAUCGGGUUCGUAACUCACUGAGCCACAAUGGGAACUCAUGGCACGCUCCCUGCAGUCGGUGCACUGACCCCAGUGCUUGGGAGAAAGUGCCCAAACAGGACUCUUUUGGGGGGGGUCCGUGAAGAUAUGGCCAAAACCAUCAUGAACCCCCCACCAGAAAAGAAAUUCAGCAAUAAACCAAACCAAGCAGCUAAAUUGUCAAAUGUGGACCCAACUCACGCUGGGUGGGAGAACACAAGCCCUCACAGAUCAGUUCCUUCUGUCUUGUAAACGCCUGCACGUUCUCUCUUUUAAGUUGAGCUGCUCAACUUUAUGAACUGUGAAAUUUACAUUUAGACCCUUUCGACCCACAUACACCGUUCGAGUUUAUGAAGUUGCAGCAAGCUGCCCAUUUGACUAAAUGGCAAUGUUUAUUCUGGUUGCACAUCGAAAAAAACAGUCUUAGGGGAAACAUUAUGACUGUCCAUUCCAACCAUUUUCAGACACAUGGAUAAACUCCCUCUGCUCACAUUCCAGAGCCACCUGCAUGUCAUCCACACAGCUCCUCGAGAAGUUCAGGGGUGGGUGUGGAUGAAUAGAGGGCCCUUCGUUUUCUAAACACUUUGUGUAACAAGUCACUGCUCAUCAUGCCUAAAGAGUGUGAGAUUAACGUUGUGAAUAACAAAAUGGAAAACAAGACAAUUCUCCAAAGACCCUUGUGAACGGUUCCAAGAAAAUUUCAGCUUCAGUCCAGCAGAAGAGGGAAAUCUGCUGUUGGACACACAAGACUUUCAGAAACAAUGACCAUCCCAUCAGUUCCCACUAUUUUUCUAGUAAUACAAUGGCACCAGGCUGCUAGGGCAAGAAAGUAAAAUCCCCAGAGUGCAAAUGAUGGAAAGGAGGACUCUUAACAGUAUGGACUUCUCAUGGCUACUUGUCUGAUCACAUUGUUUAGUAUUCAAAACUUGGUGUUUUAAAACUGGUCUCAUUGUGAGAGCCAGAAACAAAGGGUAAACGUGAUUUCUGUUAAAAGUAUAUACAAAUAUCUUCUGUCAUUUUGCUGCUCUAAUUUUUAGGCUAUGAGUUUUGUAAUGAGCUUAUCAGAUGACGAAUUUCCUUUGUUUACAAUCUCAUGUAGGAGGGCUCAGAUCAUUUCCUAGCUAGAAACCUCUUCUCCCAUUUCCAUAUCCAGUUCCACUUAAAAUACUGGUUCAGCUAAGCCUAAAAAUUGAACUCAAUCAAAAAUUUCCUUGACUUAAAUGGAAAUGGUAUAUUCUUCUCAAAGAAUUUUAUAACCAUCUUUACAGUUUCUUUGCUUGGAAAACUGGGGUUGUUAACUACAUUAUUUGCAUUAUUUCCAGAGUAUUAUCUAUGGGCCCAAUGUGUACCUCAAAAUAAACAUGGUAUGUUAUGUCUAAAAAAAAAUUGUUGUUGAUUUAAAUGGUUCUGAAAUGUCUAUAAAUAAAGAAAUUUUAAAAGUUG